AUGGGAGACCCAAACAAAUGGGACUACAAGGUGCUGCUGGUGUUGCCGCUGGCUCCCGCGACCCUGGAGGUGCGCACGGGGCUGCUGGACCGCCUGGUGCAGUUCUACAAGUCCAACUUUCUCUACGACUUGGUGCACGUCGCUCCGGUUCGUGUUGAUGUAACCAUUGGACAAGCUCCCCCGGGCUUCACCGACUCCCCGGCGUGGGACUACGACUCUGUCAUCCGCCUCCUCGACCUCAUCAAAGACCCCGAGAUAGCUGGACCCUUACGAAGGACCCUGAGUGACGUCCUUCCCCGCACGAAACUGGUGAACUCUAGGCGGUAUUUAGGAAUGGGGCGGCUCCACAAGGCGAGGCAAUUGGCGGCCAAAAAGAUGAAGAAGUGCGCUGGAGAUCCGAAGAGGAAAGGUUACCCGAAAUACUGCCCGAAAGUGAAACCGAAAUCCAAAAGCGCUCGCAAGGCGAUAGACACUAAAGCAAAUACGAUCGACACUAAAGCAAAGGCGAUCGACACUAAAGCAAAGCCGAUCGACACUAAAGCAAAGCCGAUCGACAAAUACUGGUCCAAGAACAGAAUAUACGUGCCGCCGUCGCCAUUACCCCCCGGAAACGACUUAUACUACGACGAUAUGUACUCCAUGGAGGAGGACACGCUCGGGCCCUGGUGGAACAGGACGGCGGCCAACACCACGCUGUCCGAUAACGAUAUCCUGUACAUCACCAACCCAGUCGAGGCGAAGCUGCCGACUGGGCAAAUCACGGUCGGGAUGCUGAGGCGUAUCCUGGAGGCAAGAGCCGUAGCCUCGCGAAUAAUGCCGACGAAGCCCCACCCGGUGUUCCCGACGCCGACCGACGACAAAUUGGGCGUCAGGCCAAGUCAAAACAAUGGCGCGGCCAUCCCGGACGACGGCGGGGGGCCCGCAGCGGAGGUGGGGGGAGAAAUCGCUCCAGACGAAUAA